UCGAUUCUAUUUGACCUAAACUUUCUGGGUAUCGAACCACGACCGGGUGUUAUAAGAAAAUGGCCAUGGCAGCACCAUCGUCGUGGGAAGCAGGGAUUUGGCACAAGAAGAAGAGCAAUGGACGCAUUCCUCUCGGCGCCAUCGCCAGAAAGCAUGGUAAUAUCGCCAUGUCUUGCAGCUCCUUCUCGUCACUGCUGCUCUCCAGAUCCAAGGACGAUCAUCAUCCGGUGGAGCGCGAGAGAGAUCCCAAGAAGCGCGUGGUGAUCACCGGCAUGGGAUUGGUGUCCGUCUUCGGCAACGAUGUGGAUUCCUUCUACGACAAGCUCCUCCAGGGCGAGAGCGGGAUCACGCUCAUCGACCGCUUCGACGCGUCCAAGUUCCCGACGCGAUUCGGCGGCCAGAUCCGCAACUUCUCGUCCCAGGGCUACAUCGAUGGCAAGAACGACCGGCGCCUCGACGAUUGCCUGCGCUACUGCCUGGUGAGUGGGAAGAAGGCGCUAGAGAACGCGGAGCUGGAUACAAGCAAGAUCGACAAGGAGCGUGUUGGCGUCGUGGUGGGAUCGGGAAUGGGAGGUCUCUCGGUGUUCUCGGAUGCUGUCCAGGCGCUCGGUGACAAAGGCCACCGCCGCAUCACUCCCUUUUUCAUUCCCUACACCAUCACCAACAUGGGCUCGGCGCUCAUCGCCAUCGAGCUGGGAUUCAUGGGGCCGAAUUACUCCAUCUCCACAGCCUGUGCCACUUCCAACUACUGCUUCUGCGCUGCGGCCAAUCACAUUCGUCGCGGGGAGGCCGACGUUAUGCUUACCGGUGGCACCGAGGCCCCGAUCAUCCCAGUCGGGCUUGGCGGAUUCGUUGCUUGCCGGGCUCUGUCGCAGAGGAACAGCGAUCCCCAGACGGCUUCUCGGCCAUGGGACAGAGAUCGAGAUGGAUUUGUCAUUGGAGAAGGCGCCGGAAUUCUGGUGAUGGAGAGUUUGGAUCACGCCAUGAGGCGAAACGCGCCCAUUCUUGCGGAGUACUUGGGUGGCGCUGUCACUUGUGAUGCUUACCACAUGACUGAUCCUCGAGCCGAUGGAUUGGGAGUUUCAACGUGCAUUACGCGUGCACUAGAUGACGCGGGUGUACAUCCAGAAGAGGUGAAUUUUAUAAACGCUCACGCUACAUCCACUCCAGUUGGCGACAUGGCUGAGGUGAAUGCCAUUAAAAAAGUAUUCAAGGAUACGUCAGAGAUGAAGAUGAACGCUACCAAGUCGAUGAUUGGACAUUCUCUUGGAGCCUGUGGUGGCCUGGAAGCCAUUGCCACCAUCAAAGCUAUCAAGACUGGAUGGGUUCAUCCAACUAUCAACCAAUUUGUGAGUCGGAAUAGCUUGCUUGUUCACGAUCACUCACAAUCCUUUCGGCAGAAUGUUGACCCGCUAGUAACAUGUUUUGAUACGGUUCCAAACGUGAAGAAACAGCACGAGAUCAACGUUGCUAUUUCGAACUCGUUUGGCUUUGGAGGCCACAAUUCGGUGGUCGUCUUCGCACCGUUUGUUCACUAAGUAAAAAGAUCUAUUCAGUUUCCCCAGACAGCCAACACGUCUUGCUGGCGAGAGCAAGACGAUUUAAAAUAUACAGUCUAGUAUGCGAGCUGGAAAUAAUCUCUCAAGUUUUUUGCGAGUCCUUCCUGGUCGGCUUUCUCAAAUCGUCGAAACUGGGUUUGCCAUUGUAUUCCUGUGACGAAGGCUUUAAAGAAAAGAAAAAACUUUGGUUCUGGGACA